CACACGAUUUUUAUUUCUCCACGUAAACCUUCGGACGGGUGUCGACUUUCCGCUUGUUUUGUCAGUGAAUAAACCAAACUCGUCUUCCUCCAGUAUAAUUUUUGCAGUGUUCAUUUUUGCAAUAGUUAUCGGCAAAUGGAUCAACAUGGAAGCAAAACAAAUCAACCAUGACUGAAAAGGUCCCAGAAAAUGUAAAGUGGUACGAUAAGUUCACAUACAAAAUAGUGACCUGCACUGAACAUUUAUUUUACAAUUUAGGAUUCAAAAUCGCGUCAAGACCAUGGACCACAAUCGGAAUUUGUUGGCUGGUAGUUGCGCUGUCUGCCUUUGGAUUCUUUCGAUUUCAUCAGGAGAAAAAUCCACUCAAAUUGUGGGUGCCGGCACAGUCGACCUUUUACCACGAUACCAAUUGGUUAAUGAGUAAAUUUCAAAAUGGGUUUCGGAUGGAGAGCGUCCUCUUCGAGGCGCCGGACAUUUUAACCCCAGGCGCGCUGAGAGAGAUGCUAAACAUUGAUCGGCAGAUAAAAAAAAUCGUUACCUCGACGAGGGUGACAUGGGAAGACGUCUGCUUCAAGAUUCCAGAAGUCGACUCCAGCUUAGACUUUCUAUACAAAUCGAAAUCACAGGAUGGCACCAUCGAAAUCUACGAUCCAAGCGUUCUGCUGGGUUCUUCGGCUUACUGCAGAAUGCUGCAGAGCUUCGACAAGGUAUGUUUCGAAAGGAAUCUUCUUCAACUUUGGGAUUUUGACGAAGGCCAACUGGCCCAAUUAACCAAACAGGAUAUUGUAGAUAAAAUUGACGAGUUUAAAAUAGAUCCAAUUUUAGGAAAUUUAAAGAACUACGAAGAUUUGCUCGGAGGGAUUGUGCGUAACGAAAGCGGGCACGUUAUUAGCGCUAGUAGUUUGCACACCUUUUAUAUGGUGUAUGUAAACUUUUCGUCCGUCGACAUGGAUCAAGUUGGAAAUAUGGCAGGUACAGCCGAUUGGGCUUCCUUGGACGCGCUAGAAUGGGAGAACGGCUUUAAUGCGCUACUUGCAAACAUUUCGAAAAAUGGCACCGAGCUCGGAAUUUAUUAUUCGGCCGCGAGAAGCUUUGGGGAUCUGACGGCCGAGUCCAUGUUUCAAGAUAUGGAUAUUUUGGUGGUGGGAGUAGCCAUCAUGAUUUUUUAUGUACAGUUUGUGAUAUCGAAAUUUAAUUGCGUGGAAGCCAGAAUUGUUUUGGGGUAUAUGGGUUUAUUAUCAGUUGGAAUGGCUUGCAUUGUGGCUUGUGGUUUAUGCUCACUUGUAGGGAUCUCAUAUGGCCCUGUUCAUACCUCUUUGCCGUUUCUUUUAAUGGGCUUGGGGGUGGACGAUAUGUUUGUGAUAACAGCCUGCUGGGAGGAGUUGGCAUCUGAAACGAAACUCUCAUUGGAGCAACGAAUCGGUUACAUGUUAAAGCAUGCGGGUGUGUCGAUAACAGUGACAACAGUUACAGAUGUGAUGGCAUUUUUAAUCGGUUCAUCUACCAUUUUACCGAGUUUACAGUCGUACUGUCUGUUUGCAGCAGCUGGCAUCCUGAUGACAUUCGUGUUUGUGGUCACAUUCUUCAUUGCCUGCUUUACCUUGGAUCAAAAGCGAAUAUACGCCAACCGUAACGGGGCGUUAUUCUGUUACACUCACAAAGAUCACACCAAAAAUCAGUGUAGCCAACGUCAAAUAUCAAAGAGCGUAUUCAAAUUCAUAUACUCAAAAAUCAUAUUUACGCUGCCCGGAAAGAUUCUCGUCAUGCUAAUAACAGUAAUAUGCCUGGGCUUCAGUAUCGAGAGUGCUAUAAGAUUAGAGCAACGGUUCGACCCCGAGUGGUUUCUUCCACAAUCGAGUCACUUGACUGCCUAUCUGAAGAAAAAGGCCGAGCACUAUCCGACAGUAGGGCACGAAGCGGGAGUUUACUUUGGCUCCUUGAACUACACCAGUGAAAUUCGUAACAUCAAAAACAUAGUUCGACAAUUGGAGGAGAGUCCCGAAAUCGUUGAAAAUAUCCACUCGUGGGUGGAUCCGUUUAGAGACUAUGUCAAGAUGAAUUUCAAAAAAGACAUGCUUGAAGAAGCUCUCGGUGCAGACGAGUUCAACUUAUAUUUAUCCAAAUUUCUGUUCAGCCCAAACGGCGCAAGGUUCCAGGCGAACUUUAGGUUUACGCACGAUCCCGAAUGCGGUACGCCCGCUAGUGACAUUACUAUGUCCAGUAUCAAUUUUCGAUUGCGACACUUUGACGGACCGAAACAGUAUUUACCAGCAAUGCACGAAACAAUAGCAAUUGCGAAGAAUAACAAUUUCACUUCGGGCGAUCGUUUCGCAACAGUUUGGUCGAAAAUAUUCUCAACAUGGGUUACUGAUGAGCUAAUAGACGUGGAGGUAAUGAGAAACUUACAACUCGCGCUGUUGUGCGUAAUGGUGUGCACGAUUCUUCUAGUUGCGAAUUUGCAAAUGUGCUUUUGGAUUUUUAUAUGCGUCCUCGUGACUAUGGUUAACGUAUGCGGAUUUAUGCAACGCUGGGGGAUUACAUUGGAUACGGUUUCGUGUAUCGCAUUAGAGUUGGCCAUCGGAUUAUGUGUUGAUUACGCAACCCAUAUUGGCCAUACCUUCCUUACCAUUCAAGAAGGAACUCCACAAGAGCGCUCCCUCAGAACAGUUGUCUCAAUCGGUGCUGCCGUCUUGUACGGCGGGUUAUCAACGUUUAUUGGUCUCUCUAUGUUGGCGUUAUCGCAAUCGUACAUCUUUCAAGUAUUUUUUAAGAUAUUUGCGUUGGUGGUCGCAUUUGGUAUGUUCCAUGGCGUUGUAUUACUACCUGUGAUAUUAAGUUUUGUUGGCCCCAAUCCUUACUUUGCGCAUAAACUUGUUCCUCAAAGUAAUGACGUGAUUUAAAUUAAAUAAAAUUAGUAUUUUGUUUACUUUUA